CUAUCUGUCGACCCCUUUGCUCUCGCCGUCGGCUCAGUUAUCUCUUCAUCAAGUUUUUUGAUUCAAUGGAGAGGAUGGGAGGAGGGGAUUUUAAUGUUCUUGUUCAGCUUGGAAGGGUGGUGACAUGGUUUUCUACCCCAUUUAACAUGGGCUUUGAUGCCCUCUAGCAGGCGCAAAUUAUGAAUCUCACUUCAUUCAAAUUGGACAUUGAUGAGCUUAUUGAUGAAUUUACUCAGGGUGGAUCAACAGCUUUUGCUAACAUGAAGAGAGUAUGGCUUUCGAAGAAGUUCUCUUACAUUUAUGAAGCUAGUCCUUCUACCAACCUGGCCUUCUUUAUGCAAUCUCUGUAUGCCCAUUCUAUUGGUUACAUGGUUGGCACUGCCUCCUUUUUGCACAGAUUGGGUGGCCUCUAUUGCCUCUACUGUUUAUAUGAGACUCAACCAUUUAAACCUCCUUUCAGAGUUUAUCUAUCCCUUGGGGAGUUAAGGAAGCUUAGACUCCUUGUUGCCGAGGCAAAUGCAAGUGAUAUUAAAGUCGUACCUACUUUGGUUAGAAGAAUGCUAGAAAACAAUAUGUUCCUUUUUGGCGCUGUUGACUUAAUGGAAGGCUCUGUUGCAGAGACAGUAAACCAACUCGAACAAUUACAGAAUGCUCGUAUACAAGUUGCAUAUGAGAAGUUAUUUGAAAAUACUCCGAUUGAGCAAUACAUUCACAUGGACCUUGGCACGGAGAUUGACUUAAAUUCGCUGAAGAAAAUGUCAUCUGAAUAUGCAGAGGCAAAGAGCAUGGCCAUUAAAGAAGCAAGCAAUGAUAUAGAUGUGGAGAACAUAAAGCACAUAUCAGAAAAUAAGGAACUUCUAGGAGAUGCUGCAGAAAAGAUUGCUGAUGAUUGGCAAGCCCAGAAAGAAAGCUUCUGUAAACAAACAGGAUUCGAGAAUGAUAAAGGAUUUGAGCAGGAGCUGGAACAGCAGCUUCUAGAACAUGAGAACAAUGGUGAGUUUAGUCAGGAUGACAGACAAGUGUCCGAAUCUUGAUUUCAAGGGCUUACGUUUAUUCUCAGUCCAUGGAUUUUUCACAAUCUCUUGUGUGAGAUUUGUAAAUGUCUAGAAGGUUAUCCAUAGCUCAAAAUUUUGUUGGCUUAAUUAGGAUUUGUAAAUUGUAACGUCAUCUUCUACAGAAAGAUCCAAAAUUUGGGCUUGGUGCAGU